AUGGACAUCCCCAUCAGCAACAGAGACUUCCGCUGCCUGCAGCUGGCCUGUGUGGCCCUUGGCCUGGUGGCUGGCAGCAUCAUCAUCGGCGUCUCCGUGUCCAAAGCUGCAGCUGCUGUGGGUGGUAUCUUUAUUGGCGCUGCUGGUCUGGGGCUUCUCAUCUUGGCCUACCCAUUCCUGAAGGCUCGCUUCAACCUGGACCACAUCCUGCCUAACAUAGGGAGCCUGAGAAUCCGCCCCCAUCCAGGGCCAGACGGUGGGGAGGGAAGAUCCAAUGCCAAUGGCAAUAAAGAGGGAGUCCGCAGCAGCCUGUCUACCGUGAGCAGAACCCUGGAGAAGCUGAAGCCAGGGGCCCGGGGGACUGGGAACAGCUAA